AUAAAAUGAAAAAAAAUCUCGAAAAGGUGAUGAAAUGAAAUGAAAAUUUCACGUGCAAUUAGCUUAUCGUCUGCGCCAGUCUAUCAAAAGAUUAAUUCAUCUGAACAUGAAUUUAAAAGCGAACGUAUCGAGUUUCAGAUCAUUCAUAGUAAACAGUUCGUUGACGUGUGUUGUGUAAUUUUCUUCACGUGAGCUUUUUAAACUUUAGUGUUAUCACAAUGGCAGAAAACGUUCGACGGUCAAAGUUUGUCGAAGGAUUGAUCGAUUUCGCGGGUGGAUCCCUCGGAGGAGUUGCUACGGUCUACGUCGGUCAACCUUUGGAUACUGUAAAGGUGAAAAUGCAAACAUUUCCAAAGGUUUACAACGGUAUGUUAGACUGUUUCGUAAAGACAUACAGAAGCGAAGGCUUCAUCAGAGGACUGUACGCCGGAACUGGUCCAGCCAUAACGGCGAACGUUGCUGAAAAUUCAGUAUUAUUUGCUUGCUACGGAGUUUGCCAAAAAUUCAUCGCUACCAUUACCAAUACGCCCGAUGUGUCUCAACUUGGUACUUUAUCAAAUGCCACUGCCGGUUCACUGGCUUCCUUUUUCUCUGCAUUUUCACUUUGCCCGACUGAACUCAUCAAGGUGAAAUUACAGUGUGCUCGUGAGGUUGCUACCAUAUCCGGUAACAAGAUCGAAGUAACAGCUUCCAAAUUGAUUCGAGAGAUCGUUCGACGGAAUGGAUUCUUCGGUCUGUUUCAAGGGUUACAAUCUACGAUCGUUAGAGAAAUGCCCGGAUAUUUUGUAUUUUUCGGCGCCUACGAAGGAUGUCGAGAACUUCUCAAACCAGUCGGUAAAACCAAAGAAGAUUGUAGUACUUUUUCUACGAUCGUGGCCGGUGCAGCGAGCGGUAUAGCUUUAUGGUCGGUUAUUUAUCCCAUUGAUGUGGUGAAAUCCAGAAUUCAAGUUACCCACGAAGUUGGAAAUACUAAUUUAUGGAUGCAUCUAUUGAACAUAUCGCGCAAAGAAGGAUUCAUGUUUUUGUACAGUGGUCUGCAACCGACUUUGAUUCGUACGAUUCCAGCGUCUGCGGCUCUCUUUCUCACGUACGAGUGGACCAAGAAAAUAUUAAGCGAAAUAAUUCCAUGUUGAACUCCAGUUAUAUUGUAGUUCCUACGUAGUAGUAUCGUAUUCGUAACUAUCUUAUGAUCGCAUGACAAUAUUAAGCAAACCGAAAUUCGCUGGAAAUAGUAUGUGUCCAUUUUAAUUAUCUCGAAGCCGCUGAUUUUGACGAAAUUGUACUCGACAUUUUUCGUGUAAUGGUACUCGAUUAUUUCUCGUACGUUUUAAAUUUUUUUUUCGAAAAACCGUACGAGAAUGAAGGGUCAAUUUGAAAUCUCUGUAGUAUUUUUCGUUUUGAUUUCUGCGUUGCUAGUCGUUGGGUUAUGUUUUUGUGCAAUUAAUCAAAUUUUAACUUCAAAUCACCUUUUUUUUUUACAAACGGAUAUCAAAUAUGAAUUUACUAAAAUGAUGUUCAGAAUUUUUUAUUUUUUCAUAUUUAAGUACCUUGUGUUUUGUUAUUAAUUUUUCUAUGUUAAUUAUUAUUCCGUGAAUUGCGGAUUUUAUUAAUUUAAAAAAAAUCUGUGUUAUUAUGACUUAAUACACAUUUUAUCAAUUA